AAAUACUAGCCAUUACAGAAAGAAGGUGGUGAUCUGGUACUGUUUCAUUGGGUUCUGUAAGAAGGUGGUGAUCUGGUUACUGUUUCAUUGGGAGAUCAUAUUUUAAUGGAGAUGAAGCAAGAGAGGAAGAAAGGGAAGGGUCGUCAGAAAAUUGAAAUAAAGAAGAUUGAUUGUAAGAAAAAUCGAGUCGUUACCUUCUCCAAACGGAAAGCUGGGAUUUUUAGUAAGGCCAGCGAACUCGGCAUCCUUUGUGGUGCCGAGAUUGCCGUCCUUAUCUUCUCUCCUACUGGGAGGGUUUUCUCUUACGGUAACCCUUCUGUCACAUCUGUCCUAGGCAAAUUUCUCAACAACCAGAACUCUACUCCUGUGGAUGCCGGUGCCGGUAUGGGUGACGUUGAAGCACUGAAGUUUGAGUACAUGGAGCUGCUGAAGCAGUUGGAAGCAGAGAAGAUCCGAUCCUCUCAACUCAUCAAGAAACCCUCACAAGAAGAGGAACCAUGGUGGUGGGAAGCACCAAUCCAUCCACAUAUGGGAUUGGUUGGGCUUCAACGCUUGAAGACCAGUAUGGUAGAGCUUCGGAACAAUGUGGCCAAACGGGUUUCUAACUUCUCUGCUCCAUCUCCUUUCUUAAGUGAAUUGGAAUUGAAUCCUUCUGCAAUUGACGGAUACGGCGAUUUUGGUUUGGGACCUGGAUUUUUCUGAAGAACUAUACCAUUGGCAUUUUCCUCUGUUUCUUUAUUUCAAAAUUUAAGUAAUUCAUUUUACUCGUUAGUAUCUUCAUUGUAUUAUUGAAUUAUUACAUUCUUGGGGGGAGGGGGGAACAAUUUUUGAAUCAUCAAGAUUUGGCUUGGAAAAAACCCUUUUCCACCUUAUGAUUAAUGAUGUUUUCCCAGUCUGUUCAUUUAACUAUGUACUCUUCAUUGAAUUCUUAAUUAGAAGAUUUACAAUUUUAACUUUAAAGAA